AUGCUUAUUCCAGCUAAGCCAAAUAAUAGUGGUCUGACAAUGUGUUACCAAAGAUUAUCUGUGAACAACAACAAUCACAAUAAUUUGGAUGCGAAACCAACACAUAUGCCAUUGCUACACUAUCCGCAUGGCCACAGAUGGAAUGAACCAUAUUUUGACUUAACAAUGCCAAAGAAUAUUACAUCGCUCGUGGGUAAAUCUGCAUAUUUGGGGUGCCGUGUCAAACAUUUGGGAAACAAAACCGUUGCUUGGAUACGCCACAGAGACCUGCACAUCCUCACAGUGGGCACAUAUACAUACACUACAGAUCAGCGGUUUCAAACAUCCUACCAUCGUGAUAUUGAUGAAUGGACUCUGCAAAUAAAAUGGGCACAACAACGUGAUGCUGGCGUUUACGAGUGCCAAAUAUCGACCCAACCAGUGCGAAGUUUUUCGGUUAACCUAAACAUUGUGGACACCAUCGACGAUGAGACGAGCAGUUUACUGCAGCAGUACUACAGUGACGAUGCAUUUUAUAUAAGUUCAGAUCGUAUUUACCAGUCUAGCGAUGAUGAGUUUGCGGGCAUGUUUGGACACAUACAAACGGUUGCGGUGCCAACAGCAAGCAUAUUGGGUGGACCCGACUUAUAUGUGGAUAAAGGCAGUACAAUUAAUCUUACCUGUGUAAUCAAGUUCAGCCCCGAGCCACCGACACACAUUUUUUGGUAUCAUCAAGAUAAGGUACUGUCAGAAGAGACAUCAGGAGGUCGGCUCAAAUUCAAAACCAUUAAAUCCGAAGAAACCAAAUCGAUACUACUCAUCAGCGCUGCUGAUCUACAAGACUCUGGCAAAUAUUCCUGUUACCCAUCAAAUACGGAGAUAGCAAGCAUACGCGUCCAUGUACUACAAGGUGAGCGACCGGAAGCGAUGCAAACGAAUUCUGCACCCACAGCGGGACACAGCGCCGCCGCCCAGCCAACCAAACUAAUCAGCGCUUUAAUCGGUGCUUUCGUUUCAUUGAAAAUACUAACAUUUCUCUGUAAUAGUGCAGGCAACAUAAGUGAAAAUAAAAACAAUGAGCAAAGCACAAGCAGUCAGCGCACAAUUGCAGAUUUCAACACCCAGUGUAAUAGCAGUACUAGUUCGCAUACUAAUACGCAGACACAGUCGCAGCUACAGCGACAACCACAACUUCAGCAAAAGCACCUAGCAGUUGGAAGCAGCAUUGCCACAUUGCUGGCCACCGCAUUACUCCACAGCAUCAAUCUAAUAGCAGCGGACAGCAUACUGUCGCGUUCAACCGAACAACUGUCACAUGGUGACAUAGUCGAUGUUAGUCAACAACAAUGCCACCACAUCCAACAGUUGCGCCAGCCCCAGCAGCAUUUGCUGCUUGAAUGUAAGGUCCCACAAACUCUCAUAGCACCGUCGUAUGCGCGGUGA